AUGGCAACAAGCGUGGCUUCCGACGCGGUGAAGUGCAGGAUGUUUCCAUCCACGUUUAAGAGCGCGGUGAUGGCUUGGUUUAUGGCUCUGCCAAGAGGAUCUAUAGCGAAGUUCGACGACCUCUCAUCGCAAUACCUUGUUCAGUUCUCUGCAAGCAAGAUCGAGCCGGUAACAAUUGCAGAUCUAUAUGACGUUCGAAAGACGGAACGAGAAACUUUGAAGCAAUAUGUAAAGCGGUACAGUGAUGCGUCCAGGAAGAUCGAGGAGUUAGAGCCUCAGACAUGCGCGCGCGCCUUCAAAAAUAAAUUGUUACCAGGAAAGCUAAACAGCAAGCUGAGUCGGAAGCAGGCGCGCUCGAUGACAGAAGCUCGUGCCCGGGCGGCCUACAUCCUAGAAGAGGAGGACGACGCAUUCAAGAGGAAACGGAUAAGGUCGGAAAAAGAAAAGGAGCCGAAGGAAUGUGUCGCUAGCAGGAAAAUGGACACAAAGGAGGGAGGCAAAUAG